AUGAUGAAUCACUUCUGGAGGUUGGGUGUUCAUCUGCCCACAAUUGUGAUUAGCCAAUCAGCGGCCUCUGAUCGAAUCAUCAGUCGUGGUCGCCACGUCGUCUCCGGUAUUGAAACACGUCCGCUCAUCAAUGGCAGCCUGACACUUAUUCGUCACCUGGACAUUAAUAGACGAUUGAAUGCUCGAAAAAAAGCUGAAAUGGAAGAUCCCUCCCACUGA